AUGAAAUAUUCGUGGAAUCAACACGUUGUUCCGUUCGUAGUUGCCUCAAUAAAAGAUUUAUUAAACAUUGCCCAAUUCAACUUGAGGUUUCGUCAAGAGUUUAUUAAAUCGCCUGACCUUAAAACCAUUUACAUACCAGCUUACAAAGGAGCAGCAAUUAAGGAACAGCAAAUGAAGAGAACGAUCGGUCUUCGGUGA